GUUUUUUCUAUUGUCACUUAAUUUUAGUAACUCAUGAAUUUAAUGCCCUUAAUCGUUAUUGAUUGAGUUAUAUAAAUGUCAUAUCUCAAGGUUUAAAGAAUCAGCAACACAAUGAAGGGUAAUCCUUAUAACCUUGCUGUCUUGACACGACUUGCAAUAAUAUUUUCUUUCCUUCUCUUUGCUUUCACCACCGAAUGCUCUGAGACAUGUAGCAAAACUUGCGUGGCUCGCGAAUGUGAUUCCGUCGGAAUUCGGUACGGGAAAUAUUGUGGAAUAGGUUACACAGGAUGUCCCGGAGAAGUUCCGUGCGACGACGUUGAUGCCUGCUGUAAAUUACACGAUGAAUGUGUCCGCACUGGUGGCAUGACCAAUGCAAAAUGCAGUAGGAAACUCAGGAACUGCUUAGCAAGAGCACUGAAAUCUGGAAAGGUUGGAUUUUCUAAGGAUUGCCCUUAUAGUAUAGUUGUGCCUUUAAUGUCAAAGGCAUGGAUGCCGCCAUCAUACUCAACUCAGUUGAGAGUGUUUUAAAAAAUGUCUUUGGUCCUUGAUCAUCUGUUUUAUUUAAAAGUUGGUAUAGAGUCUUUUUUUUUUUUUUUUGAACCAAACAAUAAGUUCGACUAUAUAAAAAAAUGGAGAUACACUUACUAUGUUAUUUAAGAUUGUGAAUGUUAUUGGGAAUGUUUUUCCCAAGAUUAUUGUAUCUAAUUAAAUAUCUAAUACUAUG